AUGAAGGCUCUGGCUAGGUCUUAUUUUUGGUGGCCUAAAUUAGACCAUGAAAUUGAAAAUAUAGUGAAAUCUUGCAAACUAUGUCUAGAAGUAGCCGAAAACCCACCCAAAUCAACAUUGCACGUUUCGGAAUGGCCAGAAGAACCUAACCAGAGGAUUCACGCAGAUUUUUGCGGACCAGUUAAUGGUUUUAUGUAUCUUAUUAUAAUUGACGCUCAUUCUAAAUGGAUUGAUAUUAAGGAAAUGUCUGAUAUCACAGCGAAAAAUACGAUCGGGGCUUUUAAGGAGUAUUUCAGUGUAUGGGGACUUCCUAACGCUUUAGUAAUGGAUAAUGGACCGACAUUUACGUCGGAAGCUUCCAAAGAGUUUUUGGACAAUAAUAACGUAAAGCACAACCGAACUGCUCCUUACCACCCCGCAUCAAACGGUGCGGCCGAAAACGCAGUGCGUUCUUUUAAAAAUAAGUUUAAGAAACUUUGUAAAGAUAAACUGUCACGCCAGGACGCGUUACUAAGAUACUUACUGUAUUAUCGUUCAACGCCACAUUCAACGACAGGCGUAUCCCCGGAUGAACUUCAAAUUGGUAAAAAAUUGCGAACACGUCUUAGCGCAAUAAGUUCAGUAGCUUGCGAAAAUGUCGAACGCAGCCAAGAGCGGCAAUGUAGGAAUUUCAAAGGAAAUAGAAACAUAGAAUUUAAGAAAAACAAUGUAGUGAUGGCAAAAGAUUACGCGGUGGAUAAGUGGCGAGUAGCAGAAGUUGUAGAUAAGCUAGGACCAGUCACGUACUCUGUUAGCACGAAUGAUAAUCGAACGUGGAAGCGCCACACCGAUCAGCUGAGACCGUACGAGAAUCCGAUGUACGCCCAAAGUAACGUGGCAACCGACAAUGUUAAUAGUGGAUUUCUAAUACCUAAUAGCUUUUGUAAAGAACCGUCUAUUAUAUCGAACAGCAACUUUGUAAAACAUCAAUCAUUCGGAAUUGCAAAAGAAGCCACGGCAUCUCAAUCCGAGCCCAUGAGUACGGAAACUGUAAACAUUAACGAGCAACCGAAUGCAACUAUUGCUUCUACAGGGCUAUCACAGAACGUGAGACGUUCUACUCGAAACCGUCGAGCACCCGAGAGACUUAAUUUAUAA